AUUGCAAUACUUAAACUUCCAUACUCAAAAAGGCUAGAACCCAGAGCCGUAAAGUUAAUAAAAAAAUAACACUUUGACGUAACUUUGACGUAAACUUUCUUGUCUGUGUUUCGCGCGCGUCGCUUUUUUUAUGCUUUUGUGUCACUGUUGGAAACGCUAUUUGUAAACAUUACUAUUACUAUUAAAGUAAUAUGUAUUAAUUAAUGCAAAAACAUAUUAAUAGGUAUAUACUAAUUAGUAAAAACAUGCCGAAUUGAGUACCUCCUUCUUAAUUUUUGGAAGUUUUUUAUAAGUUUAUAACAAAACAAUGGCAUCGGUGGAUUCGGUGGCGGCAAAAAUUACUUUUUCUGCCGACGAGAAAGAUUUAUUAGUUUCCCUUGUAAAACGAGAAAAAGUUAUAGAAGACAAGCGGACGAACAGAGUCACCAAUAAAUUGAAGGCUGACGCCUGGGAGAGGAUACAAAAGAAAUAUAAUAGCCACGAUUUUGUUAGUAAGAGGGAAAUCAUACAAUUGAAAAGAUGCUGGGAGAAACUAAAAAGGGCAAUAAAGGAGGCCCAAUCCCAAGAAAUAAAAUGUGGACUGUCAUCUAGCAAUGGCAGCCCGCCUCCCAGUGAAGAUUACGUACCAGGAGAAUAUGAGGUGGUACCACAUACAGUAGACUGUGACCCUGCCUUAUCAGCAACAACCAUGGCCACAGACCUCAUCACCACAAGGCAAAGCAACAUUUUACAAGGACGAGAGGAACAGAAACAACUCUUCCUCAUUCGCCGUUCCAUUCUGAUGAUAGAAAAAGAGAUAGCUGCAGAAAAGUUGAGAAGUUUAAUAGAGAUUAAUAGGACCAAAGAGUUGAUGGAAGUAGAGAAAUUGGAGCACCAGAGGGAGUUGCACAAAAUAGAGUUGCAGCAUGCUUUAGGCCCUCCUCAGAAACUUGGGUCAGAUUCUCAGCUGCAGAAAAGUUGAGAAGUUUAAUAGAGAUUAAUAGAACCAAAGAGAUAAUGUAAGUAGAGAAAUUGGAGCACCAGAGGGAGUUGCACAAAAUAGAGUUGCAGCAUGCUUUAGGCCCUCAGAAACUUGGGUCAGAUUCUCAUUAAAGUGAAUACUUCUUUGGGCGCAUUGGCAAAAUCAAGAGUUUAAUAUUUAAAAAAUCUAAAUAUUUUUAUUCAAUUAAACUUUUAAAAGUACUUUUGAAUCGUCAAAAGCAUCUACCACUGGUUCGGAAUGCCUUUCCUACUGAAGAAGAAAUAGCAAGAAACUCGGCGGUUGCUCUUUUCCAAGAUUUGAUUGAUAUACAAUAAUGAUUAAGCUUGAAUAAGAUAGUGUAAAAUAAUUCUGUGAUUAUUCCUACUUGCCAAUAAAAAUUGAACUUUC